AUGCUUCUUCUCAUGUCAACUGUGACCAUUCUCUUGUGGAAGAAAGGAUUUGCCACAAAAGAAGAAGAAGGCUUCAUAUUCUAUAGUCCCUCUUACGAUGUCAACUACAAACUUGAUUUCGGAGCUAAAAAUGUUUUCAUUUCUCGACAAGGCACAGAUGUUCUCAUCUCCCUAGACUCCUCCAAUGGAUCUGGGAUUAUAUCCAAACUCAGUUAUUAUUCUGGGUUUUUUCACUUAAACAUUAAGUUAUCACCCAAAGACACUGCAGGAGUAGUCACAACAUUCUAUAUGACUUCGAACGAGGGCGAUGAGUUAGAUUUCGAGUUCCUUGGGAACAAAGAAGGGAAACCUAUAUUUUUACAAACAAAUAUCAUUCUGAAUGGAACAGCCGGGAGGGAGGAAAGGAUUCGCCUAUGGUUCGACCCAACCUCGAGUUUUCACACCUAUCGAAUUCUAUGGAACUCGCACCAAAUUGUAUUCUACGUGGACUCGAUUCCGAUCCGUGUCCUGAAGAACUUGAACGACGGGCAGGUGAGGCAGCCGACAAGGGCGAUGAAAAUAAAAGGCAACAUAUGGAACGGAGACAGCUGGGCGACGGAUGGUGGAAUGACGAAGAUCAACUGGACACAUUCCCCUUUCGAAGCGAAACUGAGAAGCUUUGGCAUAGACGGAUGCUCUUCGGCUAGCUUUAGCCAGUGGUCGUGCAAAGCUACUAGGCUAUGGUGGAACAGAGAAAGGUAUUGGAAACUGUCGUCUGAUGAGGAAAUAAGCUAUUGGAAUGUUAGAAAUCAGUUCAUGGAGUAUGACUAUUGUACCGAUAAAUCUAGAUAUUUAACUCCGCCACCUGAAUGUUUCGAUUCGAAUUAA